GACGUUGGAGUAUCAAGAGCCCAGUCCACGACUCUACGCGACGCUCGCGGUAAAGUCGACGUCGCGGACGAAUACCAUCUCCUAUCCUGGGUAACGCGACACCCCCAUGCUAAGGCUGGCCCAGACUACGGCCUGUUUGGAGCGCAAAUGCCCAGUCUUCCAUCCAGAGUUAGCUCUGCCUUGGGGCCUACUCCCGGUGCACUGACGCGCUUAGUAUUCUUACACAGCGCGCGAUGGGGUAUGGUAUUGUGGAUACUCGAGACGUGGGGCGAUGUGCUGCUUGGAAUGGAGUAUUCGUAGUAACGAUGCUCUGAUCCUGCGUAGUCAGUGCAGUCGAGUUCGACAGCACCCCAUAGAUUGUGGGACGAACCGCCUUCUCCAAAGUUGUGUACCUCGCCGUCGUGGAGUCUGCAGAAGCAGGGGCAACACACGAAGUCCGUAGCAGUGCAGGUGUCCGGAGAUUAUUGGUCAACAAUGUAUGUCAGCGAAGCACUGCUGCCCCCAGCUAUUUAUACGAACUUACUCAUCGCCCUCUUCAGUUACAUGCUUGAAUACAAUUUCUCGUGAUGCGCUUCUCUCCCUUUAUCUUUGGCUUCAUCAAGUGCAGAUAGUUGGCUACGCGUUGAGCAUUACUUCAUACGAAAUGCUUGCAUAGUCCAUCCACGCACCUGGUAAUCAUGAUGGCGGGCUACACUCUGAAACGAGACAGGGGGCGAAGAGUCCGCUCGCAGAGAUUAUCCCAUCAACCCCCAUCUCUGAUCUACACACGCGCAUACCAAACAGGUUUCGCGCGCGGCAUACACAGGCUCCAGAUCCAUGACCGAACUCGUGCGGAACGAUUGCGACUCUUAGCCCAAUAGCGCAAUACAUGUGAGAUCUAAGAUGAACGACUCUUGACAGCUUCAAAAUAAUCAUCCCCAACCCCCAUAUCUUGAUAGUCCCUCCGCCCUUCCUUACAUGUGAAGUCUUUUUUAGGGAGUUCGCGUAAGACUCGCAAGGCUGUCCUCCAAACCCUUCAACGCGAAUCCGCGCACUACACCUAUCCCC